AAAAAAAAAAACAAAAAAUAAAUAAUCUUUUUGUUGUUUUGAUAUUGAAGAUAAUUGAAGUUUCUUUCUUUAAAAUUUUAUAGUGAUAAUUGUAAAUUAAUUUAGCCUGCCUGGUUGACGAGUAUACAAAGUACUCUUAACUUUAAAAAAUUUGUAUAGUUGUAAAAAAAAUACUUAUCUUUGUCCAAAUAUGGCUCCAAAAGGAUCCUUUGAAAACCAAUAUGAAGAUUUUUCUUGUGAUGAUUCUGUAAAUAAUGUUCUCAAUAAAUCUAGAAAUGGGAUAUCUGAGAAGUUCCAAACCCAACUUGAAACUUUCAAGAAAACCAAAUUACGUGUUUUAUUCACUAAAAUGGAGAGUGACAUUUUUUAUGAUGGAUCUGUUUAUACUGGUUCUGCUGGAUUAGCAUUGUAUUAUUUAAUGUCUCCUGAGAAAAAAGAAGAUCCUUCUGAAAAUUUGCUGAAUGCCUUAUCUUAUUUGAAUCUGGAUCAAUUAAAAGGUCGUCGCAUUAGUUUCCUAUGUGGUGAUGCAGGCCCACUGGCUAUAGCUGCUGUUAUUUCACACAAACUGGGCCCCAAAUGUCCAUCAACAUUGGCCGACACUAAAAUUUUAAUACAAAAACUCAUGAGUUUGAUUUCGCUGAUGAAUGAUUCACCAGACGAGUUGCUGUAUGGAAAAGUGGGAUAUCUUUAUGCUUUAUUAUUUGUAACUAAAUACAUUGAUGAAAAAAAUAUCAUUCCUGCAAGCCAUAUUGAGAAGGUAAUAAAUUCAAUCCUGAAGUCUGGCAAACAAUUUUCUAUAACAAUGAAAUCUGAAAGUCCACUUCUAUGGCAGUGGCAUGACAAGAUUUACUUUGGAGCAGCUCAUGGCAUGUCGGGUAUUUUGUAUUCACUGCUACAGGCGCGUAGUUACAUACAUUUUAAUGAAUUGCGUAAUUACAUCAAGCCAUCCAUCGAUUGGUUGUUAAAACAUCGGUACCCAAGUGGCAACUUCCCUUCUUCACUAGGCAGUGCUUCUGGGGACAGGCUGGUACAAUGGUGUCACGGUGCACCUGGGUUUGUACCAUUGUGUAUUGCAGCUUAUCAGACGUUUAAAGAAGAGCAAUAUUUGAAAUACGCUCUUGAUUGCGGCGAUGUUAUUUGGGAGCGGGGACUUUGUGCCAAGGGUUACAGCAUCUGUCAUGGUGUUAGUGGAAACGCUUAUGCCUUUCUUCAGUUGUAUCAAGCUACCAAGAACCCAUUACAUUUGUAUCGCGCUUGUUGCUUCAUGGAAUGGUGCGCACUGGAGAGGCCGGGCACAGAGCUGCACCGCCCUGACAGGCCCGCCUCCUUGUUCGAGGGCGUUAUCGGCCGCCUCUACCUCGCCGAAGAAAUGGCUCGGCCCAUGGAAGCUAAAUUCCCCGCAAUGUGCUUAUAAACUCUUCAUUAUCAAACUUUAAUGUCUGUGUAAUGUGUCAGGUGUGUGUAACUAUUCGUAUUCUGUUAAUAAGUUUUAAAGAAAAAGACUGUUAAUUAUAAAAAUAUUUAAUA